AUGAAGUCUGCUAAAUCUAAAACACGACUAAACGAUAUGCGAACACCGUCCAGAAGUAAACAAAACUUAUUCCAAGAAGACCGAGACCCGGUUCAUGUAUAUUGUCGACUUCGACCUAUGCAGAAUGAAAACGAUAUUUCGUGUAUAAAUAUUCUCUCUCCGACAACAAUAGUUAUGGUACCACCGCCCACAACAGUAAGUUAUAGAAAUGAGAACAGCAAAUCAAUGAAAUACACUUUCAAAGAAGUAUUCCCGCCAGAAGCUAAUCAGCAAGAAGUCUUCGAUAAAGUGGCGUUUCCUCUCGUUGACGGCUUACUUAAACAAAAGAACGGCUUAUUAUUUACCUACGGAGUCACUGGCAGUGGCAAAACAUUUACAAUGACCGGUGAUACACAUAACUGUGGCAUCUUGCCUCGAUGUCUCAACGUUAUAUUCAAGACGAUUAACGAUUUACAAGCACACAAGUAUGUCUUUAAGCCCGAUAAAAUGAAUAUGUUUGAUGUUCAGUCUGAGGCAGAAGCUAUGCUAGAGAGGCAAAAAGAAUUGCACAAAUUUAAAAGUGGGCGAAAAAAUAAUUCUAAUCCUGAUUUAGCCAUGUCAAAUUCAGAUUUAACUAAAAUAGAGGGUAUUAAUGAAGAUAACCAGUAUGCUGUCUUUGUUACAUAUAUAGAAAUAUACAAUAACAGUGUGUUUGAUCUACUGGAAGAUGGCCCUCCAAGUAGAAGUCUAUCUACUAAAAUGAUAAGAGAAGAUGCAUCUCAUAAGAUGUAUGUGCACAGUGUUACAGAAAUAGAGGUAAAGUCGGCUGAGGAAGCUUUUGAAGCAUUUUAUUUAGGAUUAAAAAGAAAACGGAUGGCUCACACAAAUCUCAAUGCUGAUUCAAGUAGAAGUCAUUCAGUUUUUACAAUAAGACUGGUGCAGGCACCUGUUGAUCAAAUGGGGGAAGCAGUGAUUCAAAAUAAGAAUUCAGUAGCAAUAAGUCAGCUGAGUCUUGUAGACCUUGCAGGUAGCGAGCGUACAAACAGAACGCAGAAUACCGGAGACAGGUUACGAGAAGCUAGCAACAUUAAUAAAUCACUCAUGACACUUAGGACCUGUUUAGAAAUGCUAAGAGAGAACCAACUCAAUUCAGCCAAAAAUAAGGUACCAUACCGUGAGUCAAAAAUCACACACUUGUUCAAAAGCUUCUUUGAAGGGAAAGGCCAAGUGAGAAUGAUUGUCUGUGCUAAUUCAAGAGCGGAAGAUUAUGAUGAAACACUACAAGUAAUGAGGUUUGCAGAAUUGGCAUCUGAAGUUGAAGUUGCAAAAGCUCAAGUGAAUGAUAUAGCAUCCACAUUAGGUCUUAUGUCUGGACGCCGAAAGGCAAACCGCCUAUUUCACAUGGCUAGAGAUAAAAUAGAGAGACCUGAGGCUAAAGAAUUGGAAAUAGAUUUAGGUCUUGUUUAUAGUCUAGGCCCUGACUUCCCUAGCCUCGAGUUGAAUAGUUCCCAGGCAGCUCAUAUAAUUAAAGAACUAAUGGCUCACCUGGAAAUGCGAAUCAGCCGCCGAGAAACGCUCAAAAGAAUUCUUGCUGUGAAAGACGAAAAGUUUCGUUCUGCAUUGCUUGACCUACAAAAAGAUGUCUUAGAACUGAGUAGUGAAAACGCGUCUUUAAACGCCCAGUUGUCCACUGAAAAACGUCGAAACCAAGUAUUCGAGGAACGUCUGACUAGAACUGAAAAUGAAGUCUUAUCAUUCCAGAAGAAACUCACAGAAAUGACUGAAUAUUCUUCAACUCUAAAACGAGAUUUGCAGGAGAAGGACCUCCUUUUAAGUCAAUACAAGCUAGACAAGGCCAAACAAAAGAAGCUACUAGAACGUAAAUACCAGCAUAAAAUGGCUGCAGAACAUGAGAAGGCUAAGGAAAUUAUCUCUGAGAAAGAAAGAUUAGAAAAUGCUAACGAAGAAAAGGAGAACAGACUUCGUAUUAUUGAAAAUGCGCUGAAAGAUCGAGCUGAGAAAGUGCCUCGCAUAGAUAUGGGGGCUCAGACCAGCGUUAGGGAUUUUACUCCUGGCUCCACACCAAGGGCGUUACCCGCUCACUUACUGACACCAUUCAGUUCUCAGUCGAAAGAGUCAUCGCACACACCACGCUCACGGCGUGGCGUAGCUGUUGCUAAUCCACGACACCGUCGAUCCUUAUCAGCUGAUGGUCGUGGGUGGGUAGAACACGCUCCUAACAAACUUGUACCCAUGGGGACAGUUAUGAAGCCCAGCAUCGGAAACAGCAAACUUGUCAAUAAACUGACAAAUGUCAAAGACAUUGCUAAUACAAAGAUUUCGAAAUACUGUCUCAUUUCCCAAGAACAAGACACUGAUGGGGAGUUAGAAACAAAGCUUUAUAAGGGGGAUAUAGUUCCAACGUGUGGUGGUGGGGCACAAGUGAUAUUCAAUGAUGUCGAAAUGUUGAAGCAAUUUUCACCCACAAAGGAUAGGGAGUCGACCUCAAACAGGACAUCGGGUUGUGCUCGACAUUCUGGAAAACGGAGGGACACUGCCUGCUCACCCCCGCAGACGCCUUCAACAAGUAAAAAACAGAGGGAUGUUCUAAGUAUCGCUGCUUUUUAA